UUUCAAAAUUCAAAAUUAAAAAAUGACACCAAUUCAGCUGAUACGACUGAAUAUGCCGCAUUUCCGGGCCAAAACGUGGAAUACUAAAGCCAUGUCCACCAAGUCGGUCAAGUCCUGCUUCGCCAAGUCGAUGAGGCCCAUGAAGGAGUUCAAGCGACCGCGAAUAUCGAAGAUCAGUGUAGUUGGCGCCGGUCAGGUGGGCACGGCGAUCAGUGCCAUGUUGUUGCUCCGGAAUCUCACCAAGAACCUGGUCAUCCUCGAUAUUAACUACGAACUGGCCAAAGCGGAGGCACUGGACUUUCAGCACGCAUCCGCCUUUCUGAGCGAUGCUCGGGUGGUGCCCUGCGGCGAUAGUACCAACUCCAAGGAUUCCGAUGUGGUGAUUAUUACGGCGGGAGCUCGGCCCUCCGGCAAGGAUCGUUCUCGCUUGGCUGCAAUGCAAAAGACCGUCGAAAUCCUGAAGAAGGCGGUGCCCAAACUGGUGGAGCUCAGUCCCAAUGCCACCUUCAUUAUCAUCUCAAAUCCCGCCGAUGUUAUGACCUAUGCUGUCCAGCGAAUAACCAAUCUACCCAAGCAUCGCUGCUUCACCACUGGCUGUCACCUGGAUACGGUGAGGUUUCGCAAUCUGAUCGCAAAUCGACUUCGAUUGCCACCGUCUCAGGUUCACGGCUAUGUGAUCGGGGAACACGGCGCCAGUGCGGUUCCAGUGUGGUCCAGUGUCUCCAUUGCCGGCAUUCGACUGAAUGAUGUGGUCAAGAACCUGGCCUGCGGCGAUGAUCCGGAGAACUGGGCGAAGAUCAACAAGCAAGUCACCACCGGUGGUCUGGCGGUGGCCAAAACCAAGGGCUAUACCAAUUGGGCCAUUGCCCUCACCUGUGCGGAUAUCGUGCAGGCAAUGAGCGGCGGAAAGGGAAAGAUCGCAUGCGUGGGCACGGACAUGAAGGGCCUAAACGGAAUCCAGGACAACGUGGUGCUAUCGCUGCCCUGCUUGGUCACCGCGGGUGGCAUUAGCCACGUGUUCGAGCUGCCCCUCACGGAUGUGGAGCAAAGCAAGUUGCUGGCCUCCGCCAACAUUCUUCUGGAGGCCCAAUGCUCUCUGAGUAUUUGAUUCGCGGUUUGGCCAAAGUCACUGGAUUUUAACAAGUUUUAAUCCAUGAAUUCUUUAGUAGCUGAGCUACUGAAGAAUUCUAUGGAUGAACUUAUACUAAUGGUUUAUUUGUUGUUCCGAAAUAUUUAUAUCGCAAACGAAUACCUUUUGGAAAUGUACAUAUUCUGGAAAAUGUAUAUGGUAUGUACAUAUACAGAUAAGAAAAAAGAACUUAUGCCUCCAUUCAAUGCAUUGUUCAUGGAAAUAGCCCAUAAAAAACACACCCAAAUCUCAAGUGGAAAAUGAAAACCCGGAGAAGACCAGCUGUGGGAGUGAGUAGGCAAGCCCUUUGCCCUUUCCCACUUUCAGCUAGAGCAAGUGAGAUGCACACACACACACACGAAUCUUUUGUAGAAGAGCUAUAAAAAUGCAGCGAUACAAGAAAUCUUUGCUAGCAUUUCUGUGACCCUGUUCGUAGACGUCUAAAAUUUUGUAAUUUUUCCAAAAAAUAUGAUUUAUAUCGCUUGGUUAAGUGACAAUUCUUUUGAAGAUUUUGGAUCCCCAAAGGCCUUGGGGCAGGACGAUCAAGAGAAAUCGAAAGUCAAAGGUCUUGGAAAAGAAUAGGUGAACAGCGCAAAGGAGAAAGCAGCCGAUGAGCUCCGGCAAAGAAAUGCGGAGUCUUAAGAUGUUUGGGGCCUUCAUUGCGCAACUUUUGGAGCCAAGGUCUACGAUUGUAGCAGGCGCCCACGAAUCUCAGCAGCGAUCAGCCGAUCGCGUUCCGCUCGCCACAUUUCGUUUGUUUAUUCCACCAUUAUUUUUAUUAUUUUUGAUGGCGAUGCGACGAAGCGAAUCAAGUGGUUGGUUGACCCGGGGUUGCGACACGCCAAGAUUAUGCAGCAUCCCAUCAUCCAAUGGAUGCAAGUGUAGCCAAGUGUAACACGCCACCAGGCGAACAGAAGUUGGGCACGUGGAACUCCCACGAAACUUGGAGAUUUUCAACGCCUCGUUGCAUCGUCUGGGAAAAUGUUCCGCUACGAUUUGAUUUUUUUUGGGCUAUUGUUGCUAGUAGACACGCCCACGCAGGCCCUCAUGCCUUUCCCUUGAAAUUUGUUUAAAUAAAUGGAGAAUGCUUAGCAC